AUGUACACCAGAAUUAUUUAUAUACCAUAGAUUUCAAAGUCAAAUCAUUCCAUAAAUAUUUGCAAUUCAAACAAAGUUAAUAAAAACAUGAAAUUUUUAAUAAAAGUUUCAUUCUUCGUGGUGCUUGUAGGCCUCCACAAAGUAACUUCUUACAAGCAUUCAAAUCAAGCUGUGUGGUAUGAUACUGAUGACGAAUGCUCACUUGAUCGUCAAUCACCAAUUGAAUUAAAUUAUCAUGAUGCUCACGAAAGCUCUGGCAUUCAACCAAUUACCUUCAACAAUUAUAAUUUAGCCUAUAUAACACCCUCUCCGAUAAGAAAUAACGGUCAUUCCGCCGAUUUGCAAUUUUCUAAGAGCAAUGUUGCUACCAUAUCAGGUGGACCAUUGCACAAUGACGUUUAUAAAGCCGAAUCUCUACAUUUCCAUUGGGGAUCAGGGGAUAAUCAUGGCUCCGAACAUAUGGUUGGUAAUCUGCGUUACUCAAUGGAAAUGCAUAUUGUUCAUCGUAAUAUCAAGUAUGCUACCAUUGCAGAGGCAACAAAACAUAAAGAUGGUUUAGCGGUGUUGGGUGUAUUUUAUAAUGUAGAGCCCUCUGCAAAAAACUUUAAAGGCUUGAGUAAAAUUGAUGUAGCUUUGGGUGCCAUUCAACAAUACAAUAGCUCCACUCUUGUGAAUAAUCUAAUCAUUGAAAAAUUAUUUAAUACUAUUGACAGAAAUGAGUUCUUCACCUAUAAAGGAUCUUUGACUACACCACCUUGUUCUCGGGCCGUUAACUGGAUUGUAUUCCCAGAACCCAUUGUCAUUUCCACACAACAAAUCAAAGGUUUCCGUUCAUUGUUUGAUAGUCAUGGAGAGCCCUUGGUAAAUAAUUAUCGUUUCUUGCAAGCCAAGGGUAAACGUCAAGUAUUUUUCCGCUCUAACAAUGAACUUUAAAAAUUAAAGCCUAAAUUAAAUGUUACUUAUGACGAAA